UACACAAGUGUGUUCUCUUUGGGAUAAUUCAACUGUACCCUUUUUGUGCACUUUUCUGUAGGUACACUUAUACUUCCACAAAGAGUUUGUUAUCAAAGUACUGAGCACCAGAGGCUUGGCCGUGGUCACAAACAAGGCUACCAAAGCAGGGAUGAAGCAGAGGCAGAGGAGGGUGGAGGCCUUUGCCCGUGUAUUCGAACGACUCUCCCCUCAACACCAUGGGCACCUUGAGGGCUGGGCUGGCUCUUAAUCUUUGUGGUCCCUGAGCUCAGCCCGCGCCUGUAGCACAGCAGGCCCAGGAAGGAUGAGUGAAGCCAGGAAGAUGUGUCCACCUUCUGGUUCCCAAUGUGUCACAAAUUUGUGCCCUCAUAGAGAAAGGCAGGACAUUAUGAAUAUGGGUUAUCCUGUGUUCAGACUCCAAUGUCUCUGUCUGGGGGACAAUCCUUCUUGUCCCAAGGCCCAAUUCUUAGAAGGGGAAGAGCCCGGAUGGCUCUAUCAUUUCUGCUCUGCACCAGUAACCUCUGGCCUUUUCCAUACCAGGUGGGCCCUCUGGUGGAGUUGGGGAGGGGCCCAGGAAAGGGGCAGGGCCCAGAAUAAAAGCAGCCACGGGGGUGCCAGGGCAAACGACAACCUGACACAUGGAGGUAGGACGAGUGUAAUGACCGCAAACUGACUCUGCCAAAGCAAAGGGAGCCUCGCUGGAAGGAGCCGAGCUGCUGAGCAGGAGGGCGGCUGGGCGGGGCACACGCAGGAGGAACCUUUCUCAUGUCCCGCCCCUGUGCGCGAGCGCUGAGUGCUAUACUAAAAGCCUCGUGCCUUUGGACAGCAGUUGCUUUGGAUGCAGCGGGUUGGUAGCAGUCUCCUCAGCGGGAGCCAACUGGCAUCCCGGAGUCCUAGCGCAGCCGUCGCAAAACAGAACCAGGUGGCUACACUGCCGGUGCGGUUGCUCAGAGAUGAUGCGGCAGCUAUGCGGGACAAUGUCCACGCGGAGAAUGGUUUCCAGAUGAAGGUGAAUGCCCAUGGCUUCAGCCCCGAGGAGUUGGUGGUACAAGUGGACGGCCAAUGCCUAAAGGUGACCGGCCAGCGGCAAACGGAGAGCUACAGCCCAGAUGGAGGUUCCUACCGUUUGGCGCAUACGGUACACCGCCAAAUGCUGCUACCGCUAGACCUGGAUCCCGCCGCGAUGACCUGCUGCCUGACCCCUUCGGGCCAUCUCUGUGUCCGGGGCCAGUGCCGGCCACUGCCUCCCCCUGAAGCCCCAACAGGACAAUCCUCCAUACUCAGGAGUCGCGGCUCUAAGAAGGUUCCCAACCCAGCCUGACCCAAUAAACCACCAUA